AUGUACAAUGUGUAUUAUAUAUACAACAUAAUUAAUCUAACUGCUCUAACUGCUCUGACUGCCAUGUACACUUCAGAUCCUGGAAUAUACACUUUUAGUCUCACAUGGCCUGAGAUUCAGAGCUUGACUCCUGCGAUUUCAAACCCCUUCAGGGUAUACAAUAUGUUCAGGAAUCCAAAUGAGAAAAAUUCUGGGAGGAUUAUCUCACUCUCUGAAUUCCUAAACUUGGCAAAUAACUCCACUUCUCUUUCCGGUGUUUUGAUCAGUGUAGAGAAUGCAGUGUAUCUGAGAGAGAAGCAAGGUCUGGACGUGGUUAAAGCGGUUCUUGAUACACUCAGGGAAGCUGGUUACAGCAAUGUAACAACCACAACAAAGGUCAUGAUUCAGUCAACGCACAGCUCGGUUCUUGUUGACUUCAAGAAAAAGAGCAAGUACGAAACUGUCUACAACAUUGGAGAAACCAUUCGUGAUAUUAGUGACUCUGCUAUCGAAGACAUAAAGAAAUUCGCUAAUGCUGUUGUCAUCACAAAAUCAUCGGUCUUUCCUGACUCUAAAGGGUUUGUCACGGGGCAAACAAAUGUUGUGGAGAGGCUUCGGAAGUCUAAGCUUCCGGUUUACGUGGAACUCUUUCAGAAUGAGUUUGUAUCUCAACCAUAUGACGAUUUUUCAGAUGCAACUGUUGAGAUAAACACAUAUAUCACUGGAGCUGGUAUCAAUGGAACCAUCACCGAGUUCCCUCUCACAGCUGCAAGAUACAAAAGGAACCAAUGUUUGGGCAGAAAAGAAACUCCAUCUUACAUGUCCUAUUUUGAACCAGGUAGCCUCUUAAGCCUUGUGAAUCCUACGUCCUUACCUCCAGCCCAAGCUCCAAGCCCGGUUUUCACAGAUGAUGAUGUCACUGAGCCACCACUACCCCCGCUUCAUGGCCUCUGUAGUACCCCGUUUAUCUGUGGAGAUCACAGUGGUCUCUUGUACCCUUUCUGGAUUCCUGGCAGAGAAGAAUGUGGGCACCCUGACUUCAGGCUCACCUGUAUCGGAGGAUUUGCAGAGGUUAAUAUCGCCUCGGUGAAGUUCAAAAUCUUAGAAGCAAACUACACCACUCAUAUCAUAAGACUUGCCAGAUCUGAUUUUAACGGCCACCUUUGUCCCCAAAAUCCUUCACGUGCCCCAUUAAACCAAACAUUCUCUUUAUUUUCACCUGACACCGAGCUCCUAGAAAUUUAUUACUCCUGCGGAGACUUUUCAUUCUCAACACCCUUUUACGAUCCAACUUACUUCAGAGAGCUUGGUUGUGAUGAUGAUGAUAUAUACGCUAGAAAAAGUUACUAUGUGACGAGAAACCUCUCGUCCCCUUUACUUGACGGAGUUAGAGACCUUUUAAGGGCUCUAAGGGUAUUGUGCACAAGCGUCAGUGUUCCUGCCUCCGGACCUGCUUUGAGAACACUACAUAGAUUUCAGACUUCAGAUAAUCUUAAGAAGGCGCUUGAAGAGGGUUUCGAGGUUGGAGUUAACCGAGAAUGUUACGUGUGCAUGGACUCUGGGGGUGCUUGUGGAUAUAAUCAAACCACAAGAGGGUUCAUAUGUUACUGUAGCAAUGGACCUCAUAGCCGUGCUUGCAGUUCCGGAAAGAGGAAUCAUGGUAAAAUGUUGUGUUUUCUCUCGAGUUUGAGUGUACUAGUAGCGGGUGUUCUUGUGGUAAUACUCAUAUCAAUUCUCCGAAAGAGAAAAGCAUCACAUGACAACAGAAAACUGAAUCUAAAGACUCUUAUUCCACUGAAACACUAUAGCUAUGCACAAGUCAAACGAAUCACAAACUCAUUUGCGGAAGUGGUUGGAGAAGGAGGGUUUGGAACUGUCUAUAGAGGAACUCUUUCUGAUGGUAGUAUGGUUGCGGUAAAGGUUUUAAAAGACUCUAAGUGUAAUGGUGAAGACUUUGUUAACGAAGUUGUGAGCAUAAGCAGAACUUCUCAUGUUAACAUUGUGUCCCUUCUUGGAUUCUGCUCCGAAGGUUCCAAGAGAGCAAUUGUUUAUGAACUUUUGGAAAACGGGUCUCUUGAUAGGUACAUAUCAAGAAACACCUCAAUGAGCAUGGAUUGGAUUGCAAUGCAUGGGAUCGCGCUAGGCAUUGCUCGUGGUCUAGAGUAUUUGCACUAUGGAUGCAAAACAAGGAUCGUGCAUUUCGAUAUUAAACCUCAAAAUGUAUUGUUGGAUGAGGAUCUUUGUCCUAAAGUGUCUGAUUUUGGACUUGCUAAACUUUGUAAGAAGAAAGAGAGCACCAUGUCACUGCUAGACAUGAGAGGGACAAUAGGUUACAUCGCACCAGAGAUGAUAUCUAGAGUUUAUGGGAGUGUUUCUCACAAGUCGGAUGUAUACAGCUAUGGAAUGUUAGUCCUCGAAAUGAUAGGAGCAAGGAACAAAACAUCAACUGAAGAUACGGCAUCUAACACAAGCUCGAUGUACUUUCCAGAAUGGAUCUACAAGGAUCUUGAGAAGGGUAACGAUGAAAGGGUUGUUGGUAAUGGAAUCAGCAACGAGGAAGAGCAGCUAGCAAAGAAGAUGACAUUGGUGGGUUUGUGGUGUAUUCAGUCUUCUCCAUCAGACCGCCCACCGAUGAAUAGAGUUGUGGAGAUGAUGGAAGGACGUCUUGAUUCUCUUGAAGUCCCUCCUAAGCCUGUUUGGCAAAUUCCUACGGCGCCUCUUGCUGAAACUUCUUGGAUUUCAGAGGAGAGUUCAAGCAUCACAAAUUGAAAAUCAGAACAAACAAAAGGCUUCCAAUGAAUUGUAAGCAAAAUGAGAGAGGUUAUGACUAUUAUUAACUUUAUCACUUUUAGUCAGAAGUUCUAUUUUACAAGUUCUAUGGUCUCUGAAAUUCAUGCAUCUAGUACUAUGUCAU